UUUGAAGUCGAAUUGAGUGUGUGAAAUAUUUGAGUGUUCAUUUUUUGUUUGCCCCCAUUUGAUGUAAAUUUGCGAUUGAACAUUUUUCUAAAUUAAAGCGUUGUUCAGCCAUGUCAACGCAGCAGGAGGAGCACACCGAAGCUGUAACUGGAGAUGAACCGAGCACCAGCAAUCAACAGCAGCAACAGCAGCAUGGAUUAACAUCGAUAAGUCCACGUCCGAGUGGUGCAACAGAUGAGCCAAAGAUGGCGCCACCGAACGGUCCGCAGAUGCGGAUCAAGCGCGAGUUGAACGAGAUCACACAGAAUCCGCCGCCGAAUUGCAGUGCCGAAAUGCACAAGGAGGAUCUGUGUCAUUGGCGUGCCACGAUUUUGGGCCCAGUGGGCACCGUGUAUGAGGGCGGGGUCUUUAAGCUGGACAUUCGCUUUCCGGCCUCGUAUCCAUUUCGUCCGCCACAGAUCCGGUUCGUCACCCGGAUCUAUCAUUGCAAUGUGAACAGUCGCGGUGUGAUCUGUUUGGAUGUGCUGGACGAACGCUGGUCGCCGGUGAUGAAUAUCGCCAAGGUGCUGCUAUCGAUUUGGGUGCUGAUCGGUGAAUGCAAUCCCAAGGAUCCGCUUGUCAUGGGCAUUGCCAAUCAGUAUAAUUUCAAUCGCAAGGAGCACGACAAGAUCGCGCGCCACUGGACGAAGCGUUAUGCGAUGCCCAAGGCAGCAGCAGCUGAGAAGCAGCCUCAAGCGCAGGGACAGGAGCAGGAGCAGCAAGCCGAAGAGGAACAGACUGAAACGACAGCCGAGGAGCAAGCGGAAGAGGGACAGAGGGAGACAACAGUCGAGGAGCAAGCGGAAGAGGGGCAGAGGGAGACAACAGUCGAGGAGCAGGUGACAGAGAAUGUCCAAUAAGCGUAGGCAGAGAGAAAAAGGAGAAAGAGAGAAAAAUAAAUAAAAAAACGAAGAACGAGAAAAAGAAAGAGGUAUGAUGAAAGGGAGAUAGAUAUAUACAGAGAGAGAGAGAUCGAGAGAGUGAAAGUAAGAGAGGAGAGAAUGAGAGAGAGAUAAAGAGUGAGAGAUACAGACAGUGAUAGAUAGAACGUGAUAGACGAGAGAAAGAAAAAGAUAGUGAGAAUAAGACAAGAGAGAGAUAAAGGGAAAGAGAGAGAGAGA